AUGACUGAAGCGCCGGUGCAGGAGGGAGGCGGCUAUGCCGCGGCUGGCAGCAGCGACCCGCCAGAGGGAGUCCCAGCUGCACCUGCAGCUGCACUUGCAGCCGCGCCUGCAGCCGCGCCUGCAGCCGUGCCUGCGCAGGAUCCAGCCCAUUCAGAAAUAGAGCGCGAGGAUACACCCGACGGACUCGAAUUGUCCGCGCAGGCCGGGGAAGCCCAUGGUGAAGGCCUCUUCGGCCGACUCAGGGAGAAAGUGGCGCCCACAGUGCAGCGGGUGGCCGAGCUCGAGUCUGUGCAGAAGGGGGUCGAGAGGAUAAAGGAAGUCUCGCAGAAGGUGGCAGAGAAUGAAAAGGUCCAGCAGAGCGUCGAAUGGGCCAAAAGGAGAGCCUCGGAGAUCGCAGAAAACGAGCGCGUACAGAAGGGCCUCGAAGUUGCCAAGGACACAGGGAAGGUGGUCAUGGAGAAGACCCAGCAAGGUUUGGAAGCUGUCAAGGAGAGGACUCGCGAAUGGCGUGCAGGUGCUGGCACGGUGUGGGAGAAGGGGUAUGGCAACAUCCAGAGAAUUCGGACCGAGGGCGUCAGUGCUGUGGCGUGGAGAGGAUCUGCCAGGGACACCCUCGAUAUAGCGGCUCGCGAGGAGCAAUGGAAAGACAUCAAAGUUCAAGGUGCAGAGGAACUGUCUGUGCCGGCCCGGACGGAGCACACCUGUGCGUAUCAUGUCACCAAAGGCUCGACCCUGCGAUGGACCUUCCGUGUGAAGGAACACGACAUUGGCUUUGCUGUCAGAAUGCGAAUCCAAGUUUGGGGAGGCGCACAAGAAGAGGAGGUCUUGGCCAUGGAAAGAUACGACAACAAGGAUACAAUCUCUGGCAGCUGGGUUGCCGAUGAGGACAGGACGAUGAUCCUGGCCUUCGACAACAAGUACAGUAAGCUGCGCGCGAAAACUGUGGCCUACAUUGUUGGCACAGAGAAGCCGCCAGUCUUCGUGCCACCGGCAGAGGCCCCAUCUCAAGCAGGGGGCUUGCAUCGGUUCGAAGACAUCCGGCUGGACAUUGUGCACUUCGACAAGCUGACGAGCUUCUGGUGGAAUCUGGAUUGGGAGAUCAGAUUGCUUGGUGGUCACCAAAAGCCUGUAGAGUUCAACUGGACGUUCCAUGAGCGCGACCAUGAUGGGGCCCACUACCGCAAGGUUGCAUCGGAGCUCCGCGAGUUGCGCCUCCAAGCCGUGCUCAAGGUGUCGGGCCUGGCCACGCACGAAAAUCGCCUUCGCAGUCCAGACCAGUGGUGGCCGCAGCUGUGGUCGAAGUACAGUGAGCUCCAGAAGGCCGAGGUUUUGGGCGGCCUCCUGUGGCAGCUCGCUCCUUCCCAUCGCUGUUCGCGGCAAAGCCUCUACGAAUUGGAAGAGCUGGCAAAACGCCUGCCUAGAAAUGUUCUGCACAUCUUCGAGUUCCGGCAUAGCUCCUGGUACGGUGCCCACCGGGACGAAGUGGUAAAUCUGUUGCGGAGGUGGGGCCUAUGCUUGGCCUGGAUCCACAUCCAAAACUCGGAUGGUUGGUGUGGCGAUCUCGAAGAUGGCUGGCCAAGCCUGGCUCGCACUUGCAACUCUGCAUAUUUGCGGCUUUUUGGCACCAAACAGAAAGCCAUCGGACGAUAUGGCGAGGAGAUGAUCCGGGAGACCAUCCUGCCCAUGGUGCAGGGCCCUGGUGCACCUACUGAUUCUUUUGUGGUUUUUGCACAAGCUGACGUGCCGGAUCAUGCAAAAGCAGAUGCGGCCUUCAUGGUAGAGCUCCUGGGCCGAACAGACUCACAGCCGGGCAGAAGCGCACGAUGGGAGCGGGACGUUCUCGUGGCAACUCUGGGACUCGGUGUUGGCAUGCAAGUCACUGGCGUGGUUCAGCGCAUCACGCACCGUACGGUCUUUGUAGACAUUGGCCGCUCCUGCCGAGCCUUUCUUGAUGCCAACCAUGCACGUCGCGCAGGCUUACUCGAAAGCUUGCGCAUCGGCACACAUGUAGAGGGCCUCGAAGUCCAGCAUUUGGACUUUCAAGGGGAGUGGGGCAUCGUCGGCCUCUCAUGUCACAAAGCCUUCGUCAGCUUGGGGGCUGCAGAAGAGGAAGCCCGUUCAUCGGCCCCCGCUGAAGUGGAGAUCGAGGAUCCCAACCAAGCAGCCAAACGGAGCCGAUGGUUGCGGCAAGGCACCGGUGAAUCUUCGGAUGCGUUCUGCAGUGAAGCCGGCGCGAGUGCGAGUCCUGCCGCCGUCGCAGUAGCAGCCCUGGCAGAGGAGACUGAGAAUGCACCACGUCUGCGCCAACGUUGGGCGCAUCGGACUUUCGAAGGACUGGCUGAAAUUGGCAAGACCUCCGGAAGUCGUCACGUGGUGCAGACACCCGUGGAGGAGCUUGAAGAGCAGGCUCGCGUGAAACGGAUGGCAGCCAGGGCAAAGCGGGACGAGCGCACAAGCCGCUGGGCACGAGCCCUCGUCGAGAAGGCGAUCGACCAACAGCAGAUCGCAGAGGCCAAGAAGAAGAUCGAGUCUAAGGUGGCCUCUCAGAAAACCUCUGCGAAGCGCAGCCGGAGCGAAGGCCCUGCGCCACGCACGCGGCGAGAGGUGGCACUGGCUGAGCGCAGCCGUGCCGAGACAAAGAAAGCACAGGAAGAAACCAUGAGUCGGGCUGAGCGCCGCAAGGGUGCAGGCAAGGAGUCAGAUGAGGUCCCCGGCGACUGGACACCCAAUCUCUGGUCAUCGGGGCAGGUGCUGCCUGGCGAACCUGGGAAUGGCCCGAUGGCGGUCAGCACCGAUGAGUUCUUGCUGAUGCAACUGGAGCAGCGCGAGGGAGAAGAGACGCAAUGCGACGAGAAGAACUUCGAGACGUUUGGUGAAGUUUCGUACCAACAAGGUGAUUGGAAUGCUGAACAGAUGUUCUUGAGCGAGCGUGUGGUCACAAAGAGGAGGGUCUGGAGGGCUGGCGCGUUGCCCUCACCGCUCGAGCCCGGAGCCAUCAAAGCAGGGCGAAACAAGAUGGGCCCCGCGGCCUCCACAUCUCCACUGAGCCACACCCUCGCAAGCUUCCCACAUCCAGCCGAUGACGAGGCUGACGCUGAGAAUGCAGAGCAGGCGGAGAGCGUGGCCGAGGAGGCCGUUAUGCUUGCCAAUGUCCCUGACGAGGACUCGCGAGAAGUGGCGGCCGAGGAGCCUGCUGAGGACGAGGAGGAGGACUGGCAGGUUCUGCCGUCAACACAAGAGGAGUUGGAGGAGGCUUGGGAGGACGAACUGGAGCAAGAGGCGUGCCUGCACGUGGCUGACCACCCUGCUUUGCCAUCCGUGAAUACAAAGGCACCUUCGACCGGCUUCCAAGCCUGGGUGCCGCGACUACGUGUCAACUCCAGCUCCUCGUGGGCCGAUGCCACGGACGAACUUCAGGAUUCCGAUGUGGCGGAGGCGCUGCAGGACAGCAGAUAUGCCUGCACGGGCAACGACGAUAUUCUGGAAGAGGCAGGCCAGGCUGUCGAGACCGUGCAGGAGGCCAUUGGAGAAGAAGAUCAGCCCUGCGUGGAGCCUCACCUGCUCGAUGACGAAGAAAAGGCUGUGGAAGAGGCCCCUCUCGGCCUUGCGGAUCGGCGCGGAACUUCGGAUUCGUCAGAGUCUCCUUCGGCAGACGAAGCACCACAGCAGGACAGGACACGGUCUGCAUCCGCGUCCGCACCGCAAAAGUCGCAUUCAGAGCACGGCCCCACCAAAGGCGUCACUGACAAGGAUGGGCUGCUCCGCCGAGGCUGGAGAGGUCGAAGCAAGCAGGAGAUUCUCAGCGCAAGCCUCGAGGAUAGCCGACCGGAAGCAGCAGACGAUAGCAGUGAGGACGAGACGAUCCUUGCCACCCAGCUGCUGGCAGAAGCCGAGGCUUUCGACACUAAUCCAGAUCGUGCUCGCCAUACCGCUCGCUGCACGCUGUGCGGCAUGGCCUACUCUCUGAAUGUGGAUGUUAGCGAACUCGGUGACGACUUCAGCUGCGCAGAUCUUGGAAGACGCUGUGGCCAGGAGGACGAGGAUGAGGACGAGAACAACUUGGAUGAGGUGGAGGAGGACAUUGGUGGCGAGGAGGAAGCCGAGGAAGAGACAGAGGAGGAAGUCUUCGUUGCAGUUUGCGAAGCAUGCGGUGCUACGCACAUCACCAAAAUCGACUUCAUCGGCUUGGGCCUAGACUUCAACUGCAGCAUGAUGGGCGUUCCGUGCGAAGGCGAAGAGACGUCCACCCCCAAAGCUUCUGCAAGCUCGAGUUCCGGGCCGGUUCUGCCCCCACGAUCACAACUUCAUCAGCUCUCCGAGGAAGAGAAGAGGGACUUGUUUGCCAGGUAUGCGGUGCAGAGGCAGGAGGAAAAGAUGUCCAAGAAGACGAAGAACCUCUUUGCGGGGGUGCGUCAGCUUGCGGAUCGCAAAGGCCAACAGGAGAGGUUCCGGGACGACAAAGUGGUGACUCGCAAGGGGGAACGUUUCAUCAAGGUCGACAUUUCGCUGGAUCCCGGCCCGGGCUGCGACAUCGGAGGUAUCCUUGGCUGGCGAUCCAAGCAAGGACGACGUGGUCUAGGCAUCAGGAAGAUGACAAAAGAAGAGGCGGACAGAGUCUGCCUCAGCAACAAGAACAGAACUCACACGAAGAAGGCUUCUGGCGUUGGCGGGAAGAACAUCGUGUUUGAGAACAAGUGGUCAAAGCACACUGCUGGUACAAUGCAGGGCACAGCAGGCGGAACACUGGGGAAGCGGUAG